UUGGUGAGCGAGGCAGGGUUCGGGACGGCCGCGUGUUUCCCUACGUGGCUCACUACUUAUCCACAGGUGACAUGCUCUACCCAGCUCAUGAAGGAGAAGUGAUGGUCAGUCGUCUCCUUGAGGAACUGACCCGACUCGACCUUGUAAAUGACCUCCUUCACGCGAGGGGCCCCGGGAUGCCCUCGCUGACCUCCUGCGUUCCGAGGUCAUUUCAGCCAUCGAGCAACGGCGGCCGGAGGUUCACCCUCGGCGGCGGCGACGGGGACACCCUCAAAGUGCACACCCGCAGACGGCGCCGACUCUCCUUCGCGGGCCUGCUCACCCACAUCCUCCCCGCCCACAACGGGUCCACCUCCUCCGUCUACCGCCCGCCCUCCAACAAGGGCACGACGCUGGUGGUGGUGACGUGCUCCCUGCACCGCGCCACGGAGGUCACGGUGCACGGGCCGGCGGACUCCCUGCGGAGCCUGUUCCCGGGGACGCCCGUGCUCACCAGCGACGCCACGUACCCGCUGCUCGACUCGCGCGCCUCCCCGAGGGACGUGGCCGCCUCGGACCUGCUGGCGGCGCUCAGGGAGAAGGGGUACUCGUCCACCGUCAGGUCGUCCUGGGUGGUGCCUCACACAGGGGCGCUCGUGACGCAGUGGCUGGUGUACCGCCGCGGGGAGGCUGGGGCGGGGUGGGGGCGGGGGCGUCGGAAGCAGCAGGACCCUCCCCUCCUCGAAGCGGUCUCUGCACCACGCCGCGUCCACCAGCAACGUCCUGAGCGCCAGCACGGAGGGCGGAGGAGGCCUGGCCGAGGGCGCCGGGGCAGGAGGCACGCUCAGGCACCGGCUGAGGAACCGCAGCAAGUCCAUCAUGAGUCUGGCCGCGGAGCAUCGGCCGACGCUCACGCUCAAGCGCAUCCUCAGCGUGCUUCUCUGAGUCGUCGCCUCUUGGCUCUCCAGGGCCCGGGAUCCUCGUCGCCUCUUGGCUCUCCAGGGCCCGGGAUCCUCGUCGCCACGGCUUCACUUCACAUCAACAUCCAACCCUCUCUCCCCCCCCCCCCCCCCCGUUUCCCAGAUGCCCAGCCUUCGGGGCCCGAGAGUGACCUCAACGCCUCUCUUCCCACGAGCCACAGCAUCCACGAGCGGGACAUCGCGUGGGACAUCCUCCCCCGCCCUCCUCUCGCACCAGGGGCGUCCUCAUCUCCCGGGUGAGGAUGUCAGUCGUCGUGACGUCAGUACGAAAGCUCUUCAGAUGUAUAAGAGUUUUUUCAGUACGGUUUUUCAGUGUGAUCUUACCUAUUUUUUCAAUGAUUUUGUCCUCGAAUGCGAAAUGAAAAGGUAUCAAGAGGACAAAAAACGAGGAAUAAAUGGGGGAAGUAGAGAGAAAUCCAUGACAGGUAUUUCUGCGACUCCAACCACGUUACCAAACAGAACCUAUUUAGCAACAAGGUCUAUAUAAAUGGACCUUGUUUACCAACGCGACGCUCACGUGUUAUUGGCUCGCGUUGCCAGCGCAAGUCAAUGAUUUAAUUAUAUGUAUUCUAUUUGCUGUUUGAAUUUCUUCGUGACUUGAUCUGUCUCCUUGUAAUAAGUAUUACCUGUAUUUUUAUUAUUACUUUUUGUAAAUUGAAGAUUCAUUGGCAGGCAUCAUAUAAACUUAAGGCAGAAGAAAGAUCCUUGGUCAAGUCCCCUGAAACAUCAUUAUAAAAUGCUUUACAAACAUUUUCAUUUGAGAUGUCACGGUAACGGACGAGAAGCCACUGCCGAAGUCGUUGUGAUAUUUAUAUAUAUAUAAAUAUUUGGUGUCUUUUUUAUAUAAAGCUGCCAAAAAUGACCGUAGGAUUACUAUUUGUAUAUAAAAAGGAAAAAUACGACGCCAGAUACAUUAUAUACAACUGCAGUGUAGAUUUAAUAAAGUAAGAAUACCGCAGAGGGUAUAUAUAUAUAUAUAUAUAUAUAUAUAUAUAUAUAUAUAUAUAUAUAUAUAUAUAUAUAUAUAUAUAUAUAUAUAUA